AUGGCCGCGCCCGCCGCGGGGACCGAGCUGCCCGUGCCCGAAUCAGGUGCUGUUUUCACAUUUGGGAAAAGCAAAUUUGCAGAAGAUAUUCCUAGCAAGUUCUGGUUCAAAAAUGACAAGCCUGUACUUAUAUCUUGUGGAGAUGAACAUACAGCUAUUAUUACAGGAAAAGGUAAACUAUAUAUGUUUGGCAGUAAUGACUGGGGCCAGUUAGGACUAGGAUCAAAGAGCACUGUCAGCAAACCAACAUGUGUUAAAGCUUUAAAACCAGAAAAACCAAAACUUGCUGUUUGUGGAAGAAACCACACUUUAGUUUACACAGAAAAAGGAAAUGUCUAUGCUGCUGGAGGUAACAGUGAAGGCCAGUUGGGAUUAGGUGACACAGAGGAAAGGACCACAUUUCAUUUAAUUAGUUUUUUUACCAACCAGCACAAGAUCAAGCAACUAUCAGCUGGAUCAUACACCUCAGCAGCAGUAACUGAGGAUGGGCACCUCUUUGUGUGGGGUGAUAAUUCAGAAGGUCAGAUUGGCCUGGCCAGUGAAGCCUCUAUCAGUGUCCCCUGUAAAGUGGAUAUUGGAAAACCUAUUUCCUUUGUAUCCUGUGGAUAUUAUCAUUCUGCCUUGAUUACAGGUGAUGGUGAGCUCUAUACUUUUGGAGAAUCUGUGAAUGGGAAACUGGGACUAUUCCCUGAACAGCUGAAGAACAAUAGAGUCCCACAGCCUGUACUGGGAAUUAUGGAAAAGGUUAAAAAGGUUGCCUGUGGUGGAGAACACACUGUGGUGCUGACAGAGAAAGCUGUUUACACUUUUGGACUUGGACAAUAUGGGCAGCUGGGACAUGGAACUUUUGUGUUUGAAAGCUCAGUACCGAAGCCUGUGAAACACUUGAAGAGGCAUAAAAUAUGUAACAUUGCAUGUGGGGAAAAUCACACUGCUGUGAUAGCAGAGAAUGGCCUCAUGUUUACUUUUGGAGAUGGACGACAUGGCAAGUUAGGAUUUGGAGAAGAAAGUUUUACAAAUCUGUUUGAUCCCACUCUGUGUUACAAUUUCUUGAAGUUCACAGUCCUUUUGGUUGCUUGUGGUGGUUGUCACAUGCUGGUUUUUGCUGCUCCAAGACCUAAAGGAUCUGAAGUACUCUUGGAAGAUUUAUAUGAGCCUCGCUUGACUGCUACUACCCCUCAAAUGAGUGGGGACUUUGUACUAGCAAACACUUUGCAAUUAUCAGCAGCACGAAUGCGACGGCGAGAGAGGGAAAGGUCACCAGAGCAAUUUGUUCGAAUGGCACAAACUCUGCCUCCAAUGGGGAAAGGCUUCUUGAAAUCUUCAUUGCCUGUGACAAGCAACACCAGCCCAUUUUGGUUUUCUGCAACAAGUCAUCCUAAAGCUGAAUCUGGGAGGGAUGGAGACCAUGAAAAAGAAAAUAAUCAUCAAAAAGAUAAACCUGGUGAAGUCUCUUCAGAACAAGAUUCAGAUAAUGAAAAUAUUGACAGAAGCCUUGGGGAUACAACUGACAUCCUAAAUAUGACACAUGCAAUGAAGUUGAAUCCUGGUGACUGGUCCUUAAAAUUAUCACCACUCCAAAAACAGAAGGAAGAGGUCCACUAUGAACACAGAGUUCUCCAGAGGCCAAGGAGAACAGUGACACAUCUGGACUUAGAAAAAGACAGUGAGAUUGAGGAGAUUCAAGCUACAAACCAUGAGAAAGAAUGUAUAGAACAGACUGAUUUAAAAAGCCUGAAUGAAGAAGAAACAAGCUCUGAUGCUAAAUCUGAUGUAGACAGGCCAUUAGAAAUUAAGAAUGAGGAGGAAUCUGAUCAGGAGCAGGAGAAUGAGAGCAGUGAAAAGGGUGAAAGUGAAAAAGAAAAACUGGAUGAAACAAUUGACAGUGAAGGUAAACCAGGGGAGGAAGAAGAGAAUGAGGCUGAAAAAGAUAGAGAUGAAGUUUCAGUAGAAAAAGAUGUAGAGGGAAAAGAUAAUGAGGAAGAAACUGAAAAAGAAUCACAGGCUGAAAGAGACAGUGGGAAUGAGGGCGCAGAGGAGACUGAGGUCAGCCAGCAAGAUGGCAAAGAUCAAGGAGAUGAGCAAGGUACGUUGAUAGAGGAAGAAGAAAUGGCGAGUGAGGAAGAAAAGGAGGGUAUGGAGGAGAAGUAUGAGAAAGAGGAAGGCACUGAGAAAGAGAAAGAGCAGGUUAAAAAGAGGGAAGAGGUAUCUGGAGAACAGGAUGAGGAAGAGGCAAAUACAAAAACUAAGGAAGUGGGUGAGGAUGGAGUGGAAGAAGGAAAAGAUGGGGAGGAUGAAGUGGAAGAGGAAAGAGAAGAUGAGAAAGAGGAAGGAACAGAGGCAGAAGCAGAAGGGGAGGAGGGAGAGGAAGAUGAAAAGGAAGAAGAGGAGGGAGGAAAUGAAGAGAAAGGGGAAGGUAAAAAAGAGGGAGAAGGAGUGGAAGAAGAUGAGGGAGUAGGGGAGGAAGAAGAGAAUGUUGGAGAUGAGGGAAAAGAGGGAGUGGAAGAAGAAGAGGAAGAUGGGAAAGAAGGAGUAGAAGCAGAGGGAGAGGAGGAAACGGAAGAGGAGGAAACAGGAGAGGAAGAAGAAGAGGUAGAGGAGGGAGAAGAGGGAGGGCAGAAAGAAGGAGAAGGAGAAGGAGAAGGAGAAGGAGAAGGAGAAGGAGAAGGAGAAGGAGAAGGAGAAGGAGAAGGAGAAGGAGAAGAGGAAGAGGAAGAGGAGGAAGAAGAAAAAGGGGAAGAGGGUGAGGAGGAAGAAGGGGAAGAAGGAGAGGGAGGAGAAGAAAAAGGGGAAGAGGGCGAGGAGGAAGAAGAAGAGGGAGAGGGGGGAGAAGAAGAAGAAGAGGGGGAAGAAGGAGACGAGGAGGAAGGGGAUGUAGGAGAGGAGGAAGAAGAGGAUGAGGGAGAAGAAGAUGAGGAAAAGACAAAAAGUUCUGCUUUACCAAACAGCUCUAAACAAAACAUGAAAUCCAAACGCCAUGUAGCAAAUGGUUUACAUAAUUCAGAACAAUUUUGGAACAAUGUGCUACCUCAUUAUUUAACACUAAAGUAG